AUGAAGUGGGGUGCGAAAAGUGAGAAAGGCAAUGCGGUAGUGAUUGUGAUAGGGGGCGCUGCUGAGUCUCUUCCGAGUCUGCUUGGGGUCAACACUGUGGUUAUGAAGCAGAGGAAAGGCUUUGUCCGGGUGGCUCUGGAGUUUGGUGCUGAUCUGAUGCUCGUCUACUCGUAUGGGGAGAACAAUAUCUUCCACAAGGUGAUCUUCUCAGAUGGCAAUGUGGGCUGGAGGUUACAGCAACUCUUUAAGAAGAUCAUGGGCUUUGCCCAGUGUCUGUUCAUGGUGGGUGGUCCUUUCCCAGUGCCAAAAUGGCCUUCCCCCACUCAGGAGGAAGUGGACCUCUAUCAUGACCUCUAA